AGAUCAUCAAGGACUUACACAAGACAGUGUCUCGACAAUGGAGAAUGGGAUGGUGUCACCCCGUUUUGUCGAAUUAUCCCCAUACUACCAACAACACCAUCCAGGCCUGCCGAAACCACUACUACACCAGUUCCUACUACUACAAUGCCAAUGUUUGAAACACGCAAAGGGGCAAACGAGAGUUCCUGUGCUAAGGGCUAUUGGGGAGACAAGCCGACUUUCUAUUUGAAAUGUCCAGAAGGGUUUAUGAUUAUAGUCACCAACGCGAUAUUACAUCCUGAGAGGACUAGUAAAUCAUGUGACGUUAAAAACACUCCAGAUUGUAGACACAAUUUUACUGAGAGGGCUGCUGCAAACUGUGAGUAUACAGAAGUUUGCAGGAUGUCACUGCAUAGCUACAUUGGCGAGAAUAAAGGAAGUUGCUGUGAAGAAAUCUGGUGUCACGAA